GCCCCCUGCGGAGGAUGUAUCAGGUCUCGUCGCCGUUCCGGCACGUAGCCCGCGAGGAGUCAGGCCGCCAGCCAUGCCGGGACUGCUGCUGGGGGACGAGGCCCCCAACUUCGAGGCGGACACCACACAGGGCCGCAUCCGCUUCCACGAUUUCCUGGGAGACUCAUGGGGCAUCCUCUUCUCUCAUCCCCGUGACUUCACUCCGGUCUGCACCACUGAGCUGGGUCGAGCAGCGAAGCUGGCCCCUGAGUUCAGAAAGCGAAAUGUUAAAAUGAUAGCCCUCUCUAUUGAUACAGUCAGUGACCAUCUCGCCUGGAGUAAGGACAUCAAUGCUUACAACGGUGAUGAGCCCACAGAGAAGCUCCCCUUUCCCGUAAUUGCCGAUGCGAAGCGGGACCUUUCAAUCCAGUUGGGCAUGUUGGACCCAGACGAGCGGGACAAGGAGGGCCUGCCGCUGACAGCACGUGUGGUGUUUAUUUUCGGCCCAGAUAAGAAGCUGAAACUGUCAAUCCUCUACCCAGCAACCACUGGCAGAAACUUUGAUGAGAUCCUAAGAGUAGUGGAUUCCCUUCAGCUGACUGCAAAGAGCAAGGUUGCUACCCCAGUGGACUGGAAGCGUGGAGACAGUGUCAUGGUUGUUCCCAGCAUCCCAGAUGACGAGGCCAAAAAGCUGUUUCCUGAAGGAGUCUUCGCCAAGGAACUCCCCUCGGGCAAGAAGUAUCUCCGCUACACCCCACAGCCUUAGAGCAUGUCACCGCCGCAGAGAUACCAGGCUGCCGAUGAUGGGGUUUUAGCAGAGCCCUUCGCCUUGGGGUGACCCGCAUGGGAUGGGGAGCACGCACAGAGGCUGCUCCAGGGAGUAGUUGUCAAACAGUUAAACUGACAGCUGCUGUGCCUGGUGUUAGCUUCUCAGGGAGCCUUCCUGGGGCUGGCUCAGAGUUGACUAGUGUCAUGGCAGAUGCUGGUUCUGUUAAGCCGUGUAAUCAGCAGCCUUGUAUUGUCUGCUUGAAAGCAGUUGGGCUGCACUUGGUACUCACUCCACACACCUUUUUAUAGCUAGAAAACUGAAAUGUCUCCGCCAGUGAGAACUGCUAAACAUGUGGAAGAAGAUGAUGGAUUUGUAAUAGUGCUGAAUGCUUGUUCUCUUGGGUCUCUCCUAUAUAAUAUUGGUGCUGAGGCAGAGUGGAAAAGGCUUCAAAAGGAAGAUCCCAUCCUCCCAUGAGAUACAUCACUCCAAGUAAUGAUUCACAAUGUGACAAAGAUUAUCAAAGUAGCUACAGCUGGGCUUUGUGAAUUGCUGAAUAAGCAGCCAGAAUUGGAUGAGGUGGUAGCUCAUGAAUUGUCCAAGCUGCCAUGUGCCUUUUAGAAUUCAAACUACUCUUAACUUACUUACUUUGAGAAGUUUGUUACCAAAGCUGAUGCUGAAUUAGAGGAGCUGUAGGCUCCUCUGUAGCUACAUGGCUUUAUUACAGAUCUGUAUUUUUCAUGGGGCGGGGAGAUUUGCCUAGAUAGUUGCCUGAUUUUUGCUUUCUUGGAGGGGGGAGAGUUUGACCAAUAAAGCAGCAUUUACCAGAA